AUGGUUCCUCUCUGGGUUGGUAAUUUCAUAAUUUUUACAACCAUGCCGGAACCAGCGAAGUCCGCUCCGGCCCCGAAGAAGGGUUCCAAGAAGGCCGUGACCAAGGCGCAGAAGAAAGACGGCAAAAAGCGCAAGCGUAGCCGCAAGGAGAGUUACUCCGUGUACGUGUACAAGGUGCUGAAGCAAGUCCAUCCGGACACCGGCAUCUCGUCGAAGGCCAUGGGCAUCAUGAACUCCUUCGUGAACGAUAUCUUCGAGCGCAUCGCGGGCGAGGCAUCGCGUCUGGCGCACUACAACAAGCGCUCGACCAUCACAUCCAGGGAGAUCCAGACGGCCGUGCGCCUGCUGCUCCCUGGGGAGCUGGCCAAGCACGCGGUGUCUGAGGGCACCAAAGCCGUCACCAAGUAUACCAGCGCCAAGUAA